AUGAGUUGUUUUCCUUGUGUUGGAAAAUCACGCCAAAAGAAUCUAGCCAACAAUUCUAGCCGUAGAGACAAGCAUACUAAUUUCACUUCAGCUGAUAAGGUCAAAGUUGAUGUGAAUUUGAAUUUGAGUGCGAAUGAUAAAAAAGAAGAUGAAUCUAAACAUGAUCAGCUUUCCUUGGACGUGAAGAAUUUGAAUUUGAAAGACGGGGUUUCGCCGGAUGGAAAAGUUGCAAAGACAUUUACUUUUCAAGAACUCGAAGCUGCAACAGGGAAUUUUAGAGCAGAUUGCUUUGUUGGUGAAGGAGGGUUUGGGAAGGUUUAUAAGGGUAAUAUUGAGAAAAUAAACCAGGUUGUUGCGAUAAAGCAACUCGACCCGAAUGGUCUUCAAGGGAUCAGAGAGUUUGUCGUUGAAGUGUUGACGCUUAGUUUGGCAGACCACCCGAAUCUUGUCAAGCUAUUAGGGUUUUGUGCCGAGGGAGAGCAGAGGCUAUUGGUUUACGAGUACAUGCCAUUGGGAUCUUUGGAGAAUCAUUUGCAUGAUCUUUCGUCCGGAAGAAAGCCGCUGGAUUGGAAUACAAGGAUGAGAAUAGCGGCUGGUGCAGCUCGAGGUGAAGAUUAUAAUCCAAAGUUAUCUGACUUCGGCUUGGCAAAAGUAGGCCCGAUUGGUGACAAGACUCAUGUUUCAACUAGAGUUAUGGGCACAUAUGGGUACUGUGCUCCGGAUUACGCAAUGACGGGUCAAUUGACGUUCAAGUCUGAUAUUUACAGCUUUGGAGUUGUUCUUUUGGAGCUCAUCACAGGCAGAAAGGCUAUCGACCAUAAAAAACCUGCUAAAGAACAAAACCUAGUCGCAUGGGCAAGGCCAUUAUUCAGAGAUCGACGAAGAUUCUCGGAGAUGGUAGAUCCAUUGCUUCAAGGUCAUUAUCCAGUGAGAGCUGAUGUGGUUACGGCUCUAAAUUACCUUGCUUCGCAAAAGUAUGAUCCGCAAACUCAUCCAAUACAAAGACCGAGAAAAAGUUCAUCUUCUACGAGAGGUAGUAGCGCAGGCCAUAGACGUGUUACUAGUAAUGAUUCCGAGACGGACAGAUUUGGAGAUUAG